AUGCUCCGCAGCGCAGUAGCAGCUGGCGCGCUCGCAAGCGAGGCUGCGAAGCCGCAGCUGAGACCAGUCUCUCAUCUUCUGCUGCGCGCCUCCGCGUCGCACGGUCGCCUGGAUGCGGUGAGCCGCUCUCCCCUCGCAGGGGCUGCCUCCGCGCCGACGCCCAGCCGCAGUUUGUUUCGCGGGAAUCUCGCGUCGGCGGGACACGGGGGGCACCACCCUGCUGGUUCGGAGAUGGGAGAAGUGUGCGCCAGAGGCGCCGCUCAGGCCCUUUCUUCCCUUUCCUUUCUGCGCCUGCUUCCCAGUUCGCCGGUCUCCGGGGGGGGGGGGCGAGCGCAGGCCAGCGAUGCUCCACAGGCGGCGUCAGAGGGCGCACACAGCACUGGAGGCGACGCCGCGAGCGCUCAGGAACUUCUUCGUGGGAGCAUCCGCGUGCUUGUUCUGGGCGGCGCCGUCCUUGGAGGCGCAGUCAUGCUGAUACGCCCGCGAAAGAAAGGCAUGCGCCUAGACAGAGCCAAAUCUAAGAAGCAGUACCGGCAUGGCAGGCACGUCGGCGGAUGGAACUAUCGUUGGCUAGGCUCCUAA